CUCGGGUGCCUCGGUAGGGCGCGUAUCAGAGACCGAGCAACUGCUGUCCGCGGUGACGUGCGGCGGGGGCGGGGCCAGGUGCGCCCCCUCCCCCAGCGUCCCGGAAGCGAGCCGCCGCGGGGCAUUGUGGGCAGUGUGGUCCCUUCUAGCGCCAAGCAGCGGAGGCCGCGAGCGCUCAGCUCCUGGCGCGGUCGGAGCCCAGCGCUGGAGACUGUCCAGAGCAGUGAGACGCUCUACACGUCUACGGGAGAAAAGCCGCGUCCCCCGGGACCUGUCCGAAACACUUGUCCUGAGUGUCUAGGUACGGCGUCCCCUUCGGUCUCCUGCAGGGCCGUCGGGGACCUGGGCAGCAUGGCCCUCUCCGGCCCGGAGGUGGAGAAGCGGAUGCCGGCGGAGCCCAGGCCGGGCCGCAAGCUGCAGUCCUGGUGGAGCCUGGUGUUCUGCCUCUGCUUCUACGGCUUCAUGGCCCAGAUGCGGCCCGGGGAGAGCUUCAUCACGCCUUACCUCCUGGGCCCCGAAAAGAACUUCACGCAGACGCAGGUCACCAACGAGAUCACGCCGGUGCUGUCCUACUCCUACCUGGCGGUGCUGGUGCCCACCUUUCUGCUGACCGACUACCUGCGCUACAAGCCGGUGCUGCAGCUGCAGGGCCUGAGCUACGUGUCCGUGUGGCUGCUGCUGCUCUUCGGCACGUCCGUGCUGCACAUGCAGUUCAUGGAGUUCUUCUUCAGCAUCGCCGUGGCCGCCCGCAUCGCCUACUCCUCCUACAUCUUCUCCCUGGUGCCCCCCGCCUGCUACCAGCGCGUGGCCGGCUACUCGCGGGCCUCCGUGCUGCUGGGUGUCUUCACCAGCUCCGUGCUGGGCCAGCUGCUGGUCACGAUGGCCACGGUCCCCUUCUCCAUGCUCAACUACAUCUCGCUGGCCUUCCUCACCUUCAGCCUGGUCCUCACGCUCUUCCUGAAGCGCCCCAAGCGCAGCCUCUUCUUCAACCGCGGAGCGCCCGCGUGUGCCGAGGCCUCGCCCUCCGAGCUGGGCCCGAUGAACCCGGGCCAGGCUCAGCCCACGGCUGGGAAGCCGGGCCGGCCGCCGGCCUCCUGGCGGGACUCGGCGCUCGCGCACGUGCUCCGCGAGCUGGGCCACACCGCGCGGCUGCCGCAGCUGCGCCUCUGGUCCCUCUGGUGGGUCUUCAACUCCGCCGGCUACUACCUGAUCGUCUACUACGUGCACAUCCUGUGGAACGUGGUCAACCCCACCACGGACAGCACGAGGGUCUACAACGGCGGGGCGGAUGCCGCCUCCACUCUGCUCGGUGCCAUCACCUCCUUUGCCGCCGGCUUCGUGAAGAUCCGCUGGGUGCCGUGGGCUAAGCUGGUCAUCGCGGUGGUGACGGCGCUGCAGGCCGGGCUGGUCUUCCUCAUGUACAAGACUAGCAACAUCUGGCUGUGCUACUCGGCCUUCGCGCUCUUCCGUGGCUCCUACCAGUUCCUGGUGCCCAUUGCCACUUUUCAGAUCGCGUCUUCUCUUUCUCAAGAGCUCCGCGCCCUUGUCUUCGGGGUCAACACGUUCCUCGCCACUGUCCUCAAGACCGUCAUCACCCUCGUGGUCUCCGACAAGCGGGGCCUGGGCCUCCCGGUCCACUCUCAGUUCCUCGUCUACUUUGUGUACUUCCUGGUGCUGUUUGUCGCCUAUGUCCUUGCGGCAUCGCUGGCGGGCCUGCGCCACUUCCGACAGGGCCGCCACCAACCCCUGCCGCCGGCCCAGGAGCUGAUGAGCCCGGUGCAGGAGCAGGCCGCGCAGGACGGGCCCGCCCCGGAGGACGUCAUGUGCCGACCUGCUCUCCUGGCCUGUGGGCGGCCAGAUUCCUGACACCAGAGGCAGCUGUGCCCGGGCCUUGACCUCAGAGCUGACACGUCCCCAGCAGCUGCCUAUCUUCUGGGUGUCAGCAGCCGGGUUUCCGGCGUUGUCCACGUUGUCAGAUUGUGGCGCUGGUGACUGACGGGCCUCGGGUGCUCUGUCCCUGAGACCCAAGCCUCGGGGGCCUCCAGCCUCCGCCAGGGGUCCUUGGCUCACCCCGAUCAGGGCACUCUGCAGCCCUGCUCCAUGCCCUGGCCGUGACCCGUGGCCUGCCAGGGACGCUCAGGCAGCUGCCCGGCCACUGGGGGCUGGUUUGCUGUCCCUGCCUACGGGUAGCUGGUGGCGGGGGGCGGGGUCCACGUGCCCGCCAGACCUCCCUGCUUUCACCCCCUUGUCCCGGGGAAAUGGCAAGGGGGUCCCAGACGCAAGCCCAGGGACCCUGUGCCCACGGGGUGUCCCGGGCCCUGGGGGUGGGGACCGUGUUCCUGAGCCUGUGGCUGAACUGUGACGUCUGCAGUUGUCCAGGUACUUUGGUCGUAAACGAUGCUUUGUUCCUUUUAUAAAAAAAAAAACUGACAAAACUGAGGACCCUCUUCUGGCUUGUUUCUGGGAGAGAAGCGGGGCUCUGGGGCUGGCGGUUCCGUCGGGUGGAAGCCCGGGAGCACCGGCUCCUCCGUUCUGGGCUUCACCCCAGGUCCUCUCUGUCCUUCGAUCUGGAGCUGGGUUGAUGCUGACCCCCUCCCGGUGAUGGGGGCUACUCACGCGCCAGCCCCCCGGGGACUCGCCCAUGUUACCUGGGCACUGCCGCCGGGCCCGAGAGCCGGUCGUGCUUCCUCUGAGACGUGACGCCGUCCGCUUGGCCCCAGGCACGUGCAGCAGACGCACAGCCCGAGGGAGGGGACCCCCGACUCCACGCAUCCGUCCGGUCAGGAGACUCCCAGCCCUGCCCCCCAGCAGCUUCGGUAUCUGAGGGGGUCCUGGAACCCAUCCCCCACGGGUACUGAAGGGCGACCAUGCGUCUGAGAACCCAUGUGUCUUCAUGUGCAUCCGUGUA